GCUUCGAGCACGUAUUCGCGGAUACAUUCAUCGAAAUAGAAACAGAAACAGAAACCGAAAACUUUUGGCCGUGGCUAAACAAUCCGUCAAUCCGUCAAAGCAUUCGCUCGCUCCGCGAAUUGUGCGGCUCUCUGCCUAGCAUAAUACGAUAACAGAGACGCGCAUCCGUUGGAUACAACAACAGUCGCAGAUACAGAUACAUUGCACGACGCGCAGCGCUGACUUUGAGCGAUAAUAACGGAAGAUGGAUGGGCAGCUAAGUGUUUUCAGUGCCAGUGUUUUCAUCGAUGACGUUUAAAAUACAUUCGCGCUGAUGGAUACCAUAAAUUCGGCGUGAACUACUCGCAGAUACACUGCGAAUCGGCGCAUCUUAAUGAGAUUCAACUACGCUCUUCAACCAGCCGCAGCCCAACUAGAACUGUGACAAAUUACGUGCCUGCCCGCUGCGGCUAAUUACGGUUUUAAAAUCCGCCAAACCAAACAAGUGCAAAAAUAAACUCACAAAACUAACAGCAGAUAGAAAUCUUAGCGUAGCGGCCACAAAAUGGAUCCCGACUGCUUUGCCAUGUCCUCGUACCAGUUUGUCAACUCGCUGGCCUCCUGCUAUCCGCAGCAGAUGAACCCGCAGCAGAGUCAUCCGGGCGCCAAUGGCAGCACUGGCAACAGCGGUGGCGCGGGCGGCGCGAACGGCGGGCAGGGCAACUCGGGCGCGGCGACGCCGAGCGGCAACGACUACUUCCCAGCGGCGGCCGCAUACACGCCCAACUUGUAUCCGAACACACCGCAGGCCCACUAUGCGAACCAGGCGGCCUAUGGCCUGGGCGGCGGAGGCGGGGCGCCGGGCGGUGGACAGGCCAAUCCCGAUAUGGUGGACUAUACACAGCUGCAGCCGCAACGAUUGCUGUUGCAGCAGCAGCAACAGCAGCAGCAGCACGCACAUGCGACGGCCGCCGUUGUCGCCCAGCAACAGCAACAGCAGCAGCAACAGCAACAGUUGCCGCAACAGCAGCAACAACUCCCGCAACAACAACAGCAACAACAGGCGAGCAUUAGCUGUAAAUACGCCAACGAUCCGUCGACGCCUGUUGGCAGCAACAACAACAACAACAAUAACAACAGCGCCAACAGCAACAACAACAACCAGUCGCUGGCCAGUCCGCAGGAUCUCUCCACGCGCGACAUCUCACCGAAGCUAUCGCCCAGCUCCGUGGUGGAGAGCGUAGCCCGUUCCCUCAACAAAGGCGUGCUCGGCGGCAGCUUGGCCGCCGCCGCCGCCGCCGUGAGUCUUAACAACAACCACAGCGGUGGCAGCGGCGGUGGUGGGGGCGGCGGCGGUGGCGGUGGCCCCGGACCCGUCAAUGUGAACGUGAACGUGCCCAUGCACAGUCCGGGCGGCGGCGACUCGGACUCGGAGAGCGACAGCGGCAACGAGGCGGGCAGCAGUCAGAACAGCGGCAACGGCAAGAAAAAUCCGCCACAGAUCUAUCCAUGGAUGAAGCGAGUACAUCUCGGACAGAGCACUGUGAAUGCCAAUGGCGAGACGAAACGACAACGGACCUCAUAUACCCGCUAUCAGACACUGGAACUAGAGAAGGAAUUCCAUUUCAAUCGCUACCUGACGCGCCGGCGACGCAUUGAGAUCGCGCACGCGCUCUGCCUGACGGAGCGACAGAUCAAGAUCUGGUUCCAGAACCGGCGCAUGAAGUGGAAGAAGGAGCACAAGAUGGCGUCAAUGAACAUUGUGCCCUAUCACAUGGGCCCCUAUGGCCAUCCCUAUCACCAGUUCGAUAUCCAUCCGUCACAGUUCGCGCAUCUGAGCGCAUAGGACGCGUGGCACUUUUCGGGUACUGGUUAGAGACUCAAUCAGUUGUAUCAGGAACCAUAUCAGGCGGCGGCAGCGGCCAGCGUGGCCGGCGGCUAUCAGUCACAGGGCUCUCAGGAUGCUACCGCGGCGGCGUCGGUGCUAGGCACCGCCAGCGUCGGCGGCGGAGCUGGCAGCAACAUUGGCGCCGGAAACGGACCCAACUCGCUGUUCAGCUCCGCCGCGGCGGUGGCCAAUGCCAGCAAUACCAAUGCCGACUGCAUCAAAUAUCCUCAAGAGUUCUGAUCUCAGGUUAUCAUCAGGCAGCAGCAGCAGCAGCAGCAGCAGCAGCAGCAGUCGCAGUCGCAGCAACAACAGCAGCCACUCGACCAGCUGCUGGACUCGGACUGUGAGCCCGAGUCGGAGCUGGGCCUGGAGCUCGAGCUGGAGUACAAAGCGGAUAUUGUCGGCUGCAAUUUGUUCUGCUGCUGAGCCGGUUCCGGUGCCGGUGCCUGCGCCUGCGCCUGCGCCAUUGCCACUGCCUUGCCUUGCCCUGCUCCGCAUACGCAUCCGCAACCACAUCCGCAACCGCAACCGUAACCGCAACCGCAAUCGCAACCGCCGCCGCCGCUGUCGAUCAACCAACAUCAAAGACGAUGCUUCUUGUUUGCAACUGAUUCGUGUUAAGCUGAGAAAUGAGCCGUUGCUGGAGCGCGGCUCGUUUGGGUUUAUGAUACUGGAGGUGGAACUGUGCGCGUUCGUCUAGUUCUUCCAGAGCCUUCCCGCAGACGCCACCACCCGCACAGACACACAGAAACACACACAUACACACACAAGCACACACACACUCGCACACACAUGCAUCACAUGAACACAGUUCGAGCCUUGGGCUCGGACCUGGGCAGGGCAUCUGGAGUUCGCAUAUGAUAGCUUCUUACGAAGCCGUUGCCAUUGGACGUCCAGUAUGAUAAACCUCUUUCUCUAAGCAGUAUUCGAAAAGCUAUUAGUUUUAAGUGUAGCAUAAAUUUUAGGCCUAAGUCCGCACAGACGAACAAAAUUGAAAAACAAAAACAAAAACAAAAAACAAUUCAAAUCGAACGUAAUAUUUGCAAUAAUUUCAAAGUGAUUUCUAUUAAAAUUAGUUUUCGUAUUAUAAUUAAUUCUAAGUCGAAUGUCCCCGGGGAUAAUUCGCAUUCUCAAAUCUGUACUUAAAACCUAACAGUCAUACAUACUAUGUACAUAUGUGUGUAUAUGUAUAUGUAUGCAUAGCUACCCAUAUAAGGCUUUGUUUAGUUUGUAUAUAGCAGAGCGCCCCACUCUCAUACGGCGCCUUAUUAUGUUUGUGUUUCAUUUUAAAUAUAAAUUGUUUUGCUCGAGAGCUACUUAACAAACUGUGAGCCGAAAUGUUCAGUUUUAUUUUAAUAUAGAUUUGUGUUGUUGAAAGUGCUUUAGCAGCUUGGCAAAUGCUUUACUAAUUUUAUUCAAAAUUAAUACAUACUAAAUACAAACUUGUUUUAUUUGCACCCCCCACCUCAACCCCCACAAUGAUGAACAAAUUCGGAGGAUAAACAGGAAUCUUGUGGCCCAAUUGCAACCAUUUAGCACAAUUUCUACAGCAAAGCCACUGAGAAUUAUUUAUGGCUGGUGCCCGACACCAGAUGCUCUCUCAAUGUUAUUAUUUUGAGUCGUAUCAAGAACUUUUGUGUCUGUAAAUCAAAAUCCUAUUACAAAUACAAAUACAUAUUGUCUCUUAGCGUAAGUGUGCAUUAAAAUUUCAAAAUAUUGAGCAAUGCGCAAAUUGUUAAAAUCUAAAAAUAAUACAAAAUUUAAGAAAAUUAAAAAAAUAUAAAAUAACAACAAAAACAUUAAAACACAACCUAUACGUAAAUGUAAUGUAAUUAUUUAUGCUGUACUUUUUGCUAAGCUAAGGUUAGUGCAUUCUAGAACCUAUCGGUAGUCUAUGUGAACCUAGCUCCUAAGCCUAAAUUAUAUGUAUCGAAUUAGCAAGACAAAUUUUAGUAAAAAGUAAAAUUACAACAAAAAACCAGCGCAUUAAGAGAAGAAAAAAAAAACAAAACGAAAAAUGAAAACAAAAUAAUAGCAAGCAAACGCAAAUAAGAAAAGAAAAAUACUUAGCACAAAUUAAUUAAUUAAUUGUUUUUUGUUUAACCUAUAAAUAGUUUUGCAAUUUGUCCAAACGAUAUGAUUUUUCAAUCAAAAUGCAAUACAACGUUUGUCGUUUUCGGGAUAGGGGCGCACAAUGUGCGCCAGCGCAAAGAGUUUAACUGCAUUCCAUGUAAAAAUAAAUUACAUAACUAAUUUUAAAUGAGAUCCGUACUUAUAUAAUGAUAUGGGUUCAAUUGCGUAAAACCACAAAACCAUACAAAUAUAAAUAAAUCAAAUCAAAUGAAAACAUAUGUAAACAUGUAUGAAUAUGACAUAAAAAUAAAACUAUUUUAAAAUGUACAA